CGCCGCCGGAGCACGAGGCGCCGCCCCGGGCAGAGCAGAUGACAAUAAUGGCGGUGGGAAACCUGACGGAGAGUUGGUUCCAGAAGCUUGACUCAAUGUUGAGGACCCUCAACCAGACGUUCUACUGGAAGGAGCUGUGCGCCCCAGACGCGAAAUACGGAAGGGAGGAGGGGGAGAAAGAGACCUACGCUUACAUGUACAUCCUCUUUGUGAUGAUCCUGUUUGCCGCGACAGUCGGGAGUUUGAUCCUUGGGUACACCAGAUCCCGGAAGGAGGUGGACAAACAGAGUGACCCCUACCACGUUUACAUCAAGAACCGGGUGUCUAUGAUAUGAGGGACAAAAAGAGAAAGGCGGCCAUGGGGGAAGGGGGCCGCCGCCGUGGAGAAACUCUCAACGGCAUCCUUUGCCGGAAGAAAUUCCUUUACUGACUCCUUUUAAAUUCUUUCAGGAACUGGGGCGCACCUCUAUUCGUAUGGGUGGAAAGACAAUCUAAGAGCAUCCUCAGACAAGUGUUUUAUCACACACUCGUUACGGGCCACUCAGAGUUUUUUGCGGGUCCUUUUGAUGACGACGUCCGCCUCCCGCGUGUCUCCCGCCCCUUCUGCUCAUAUUCCUGUUGCAAAAAAAGAUCCGGAAAAUCGGGAUUUGGGAGCUGUAGUGAAACAUGCUGCCAUUUCCUGCUGUGCGCAGGAGAAGCAGCGGGAUAAAAAACGCCCACUGAAUGGGCCCCGUGGUCAUUGUUUACUUCCUCUUUCUUCCCUGUGUAAAGAAAGAGGAAGUAUUGUGAGACAGAAGUGGGAGGAAAAGCAACGGUAAGGGAACGGAGUACCUUCAACAUCUAAGGUCCUCCUCCGGGUGCCUACUCCGAUAGAGGUGCGGAGUGUGGCCACGAGGGUCAGGGCCUUUUCGGUGGUGGCCCCCAGACUCUGGAAUGAUCUCCCUGACGAGGCUCGCCUGGCACCAACGCUGCUAUCUUUCCGGCGCCAGGUUAAGACUUUCCUCUUUGCCCAGGCAUAUGGAGGCACAUCUUAAUCACCCACAUGUUUAGGGUUUUUUUAACGGUUUUUAAUGCUUUAUGUGUGUAUGUUCUGUGUUUUAGAAUUUUAAAUUUUGUAUACUCGUUUUUAUCUUAAUUUUAGAAUUUCUGUAAACCGCCCAGAGAGCCCUGGCUAUGGGAGCAGUAUAUAAGUGCAAUAAAUAAAUAAAUAAAUAAAUAAAUAAAUAAAAUAAACACGAUUUCCCCCUGUCUGAUGACGUUCCAACAUGCAGGGAGACAAGGCUGUGUGUGGAAAGGAAUAUUGGUGGAUAGGAGCGAAUUUGACCCCCAGAUUAACAAGAACUGUUUUUUUUUAGUUUUGAAAUAAUAGUUUUCAUUGAUUCCUUCCUCCCAGGGUGUACAAUAAACCGAUCACUUUGCAGGACUGAGACAUGAUGUAGGUGUCUAUGGUGGAAAGGCGGUGGAAGUUCUCCUCUUGCAGUGCUGUUGUUCAUUUCUGUGGAUCUGUGCAUGUGUGCAUGCAAGCACAUACAGUACCAGCUGCUGCCCGCCAGACUUUUCUGCUUUUCCGUUUGUAACGAUGUCAUGU